AAAGACAGUUUGGCACGCGACACGGAACGCCAGAACAAAACUAGACACGGAACGGAACGGGGGCCUGGAAGCUCUUAGUUUACCUCAAUAACAACAACCGAACGCAGCUGACAGACAGCAAAACCGGUAAAGUGCAGUUUACAGUUGGCUGUUGGCCGAGUUGGCGCCAAAAUCCUGAAAACGAACUCCAGAUGCUGUAGAAAGUGAUGUUGUGAAUUGUGAUAAAGUUGGAAUUUGAACGUUGGACUUUUGUGAUAGAUAGUGUUUUACGCCAAGUUUUUACGGGAGAAUUUCCACAAAAAAUGGCGUCGUCGACUACAAUUACUGUGAGGAAUAUCUCCGCAUUAAGUUCGAUAAAAAGGAUGAAGCUGAAGGAGAACCAAUCGUUUUCGCCCGUUGGUUUCAGCGAUGAGGAUUACGAUGAGAACAGUUCGACGGUGGUGUUGAAAAGAAAAAUUCCACUGGGAUCGCUUGGCAGUAUCGAGAAUUUGAUGUUCAAUGGGAUUACAACGGAACCGAGAAAACCUUUGGGACAGCUUCAAAGUUCUCCUCAAUCACUUGGAUCCGGCAGACGUAAAAAUGCCGACCCGAAGAGUGCCAUCACUGCCGUUGAACGGCGCAACGCCCGCGAACGCAAUCGCGUCCAGCAAGUUAACAACGGCUUCGCAGCGCUACGGGAAAGAAUACCAGAAGAAAUAGCGGAGGUAUUCGAGGCUGGACCAGCCAAAGGUGUCAACAAGAAACUCAGUAAGGUGGAAACUCUCCGAAUGGCUGUAGAGUACAUCAAACAGCUCGAACAGCUGCUGUCGCUGGAUACCGAAAAGGAAAGCAGCAUUGUCAAAUUCCAGCCGCAACCGCAGCAAACUCAGCUUCCGGCAACUCCCCCUCCGGAGCCAGCCCAACCAAACAACUUCUUCCUUGCCAUCAAACCUCGUGCCAUGGGGAACUCCAACGGAUCUUCUCUCGAUCAAACCCAGAUCACAAUCAUCAACGGUCAUCAGUACAUCAGGAUUCCCGGGACCAACACAUUCCAGUACCUGGACCCGGAGAGUCUCUACGAGGCGCCUCAGAAUGACAAUUCCUAUUUCGCCGACAGCGGCUCCGUCAUCGAUCAGGAUGUCAUCCUGGAGGACUCUAGCGAUCUGAUGAGCGAAUCAGCCUUCGCGCUGUCACCACAGAGCAAUUUCACGCUCGAUUCGGAGGAGAAGAAAGACGAUGUGAUCUUCUUCAAUCCACCCCAGGCUGAGGCCUCAGAUGAUCAGAGGAUCGUUUCGAUGAUCGACCAGCAGCAAUAUGCAGACAUUAUGAUGAUCAAAAGUGAGUUGGAGGAGGAUGACGAGGAAUCGUUGCUCCAUCAAACCACCAACGAUCCGGGCUUCCUAGAGACAAUCAGUUGGUUCGAGAGCCACCAGCAACUGCCAUCGGUGUCGCUGGGGGAUUAAGCAGGAGGCAUGAAACCUCUCCAAAUGUAUACACACACAAACAAGGCUGUAGUUAAAAUUGAAUUAUCUGUACAUAGAAUUAUUUAUUGGAGCAAAUCGAUUUUUAUUAAAAUUAUUAUUAUUCUAAUUAUACGAAAAAUUAAUUUAUUAGUCCCCAUUGUUUCUUCGUAAUGAAUCAAGAUCAAA